AUGGAAACCGAAGUGCUGUUUGUCUUCCAUGUUUUCUUCUGGUUUUUAGAAGAGCGGCCCAAACACAAAUUAAUGCACUCUCAACACACUGCUCCGAAAAUCCCAGAAGGAGAGCGAGUGGACUUCGAUGACAUCCACAGGAAGCGGAUGGAGAAGGACCUGCUGGAGCUGCAGACGUUGAUCGAAGUCCACUUUGUCCAGAGAAAGAGAGAAGAGGAGGAGCUGAUUGCGUUAAAAGAGAGAAUUGAGAACCGCAGGGCAGCGCGAGCCGAGCAGCAGAGGGUUCGAGCGGAAAGAGAGCGAGUCAGACAGACGAAGAUUGUGGAAGAGCGACAGAGGAAGGAGGAAGAGGAGGCAAAAAGGCGGGCUGACGAGGAGGCGAAGAAGAAGAAGGUCCUUUCCAACAUAAGCGCUCAUUUCGGAGGGUUUCUGGCGAAGGCGGAGCAGCGGAGACGAGGGAAAAGACAAACGGGACGAGAGAUCAAGAGGAAGACUCUGGCAGAGAGACGCAAACCUCUCGCUAUCGAAGACCUGAGAGAGGACGGCCUGAGAGAGCGGGCUAGAGAGAUGUGGGAGCGGAUCUACCAGCUGGAGUCUGAGAAGUUCGACCUCACUGAGAAGAUGAGGAGACAGAAAUACGAGACCGUCGUUCUUCUCAACCGCAUCUCCCACGCACAGAAAUUGUAA